AUGGGUGGCUGGUCGCGGAAACGGUAUGAUUCGUUUUGUAAUGAAUGGGAUCUCUGCAAAGCACUUGCUCUCUCAGAUUCUCCUGAUGACAAUGAUGACUAUAACAGUUAUGGCUCCGACGACAACGAUUUCUAUCAGAAGCAAAGCAAUAUCUUGUUAGUCGACAAAGAUCAGGAGCAAGCCAAUCACAAUGAAGAGCGGUUUUCAUCAAAGAUGGACCUUCAAAGAAUGUACACAGACAUUGUGGAGGACUGUAGUGAAGAGGUCUCGCUGCAUGCUUAUGAAGCAGUUGAUGACAUAGUUUACAGUCAAUUCGGGUAUAGUCCCAUUGGUGAAGUCCCAGAUUUGCCAAGCACUCCCCCAUGGGACCGAGUAUGCAAGUUUGUCAGGUUGGGAUGGAAUACUGGGAUGUCAGAUGCUUACAGGCCUCGCAUUUGCAAGUUCUUCGGCAUCUUGCAAUCCACCAAAAGCAUCCAUGACAUUCCUUCUGACAGCUAUGACUUGAGACAGCCAGAUGCAGAUGUGAUGCUUUCUUUCAAGUACCGUUUAGGGUGGAGGUUCUUGACUGGUGGAAGGCAGAAUACAAGGGAUCAGGAGUAUUACUUGAUUCAUUCUGACAAGACAGAAGAAGUUCUUCUGUUAAGCAGUUCUGUGUCUACAAUGCAAGUGUUAUGCCAUCAAUGGGGUUGCAAAUUAGGACAGUCAAUUCACGAUAUCAUAUGUGAGCUUUUGGAUAAGGACAUCGCCUUCAACUUUGCCAUUCCGGGAUCCUGCUGCCAACCCAAGGCAGAACCAAAUCCGAUACAUUCUCGUAUCGUUGGUUACCAACCAAAGAACUACGUACCUGACCAUCUUGAUUUCAUUGCAUACGAGUGGCAUCAUAAUGCCUUUCUUCAGUCUCCUUGA